AAAAAUAACAACAUAAACAACAAAGAAGAGAGGGGCUCUGCUCGUGACAGCGGGACCUCCAGCUGCUCAGAGUGACGCGUCAGGGAGGGGAGGCUGGAAUCCCCCCAUCUGCUCCCACCGAGCCCAAAGUAUUCUGAUUCUUCAGGCCCAGCUCUGCGCGGCCAUGACUGGGUACCACCAUGCCUCAAGUGCCCUUACACUGCUGCUCCUCCUGGCGGGGGCCUCCCUCCCCCGUCCUUCCAAACCCACCCCAAUUUACGUCCCUGAGGAGGACGAUAACCGGCACAGAGACUCUCCUGCUCUGACAGAGACAGGAGGCGAGGAGAGAGGGGAAGAAGAGCGACGAUCACUGAGGAAUGAGGAGCCAGAAGAGGAAGAGGAGCUCUUUAAAGAUGUAGAUCCAAAAACCCUGGCAGCUGUGCUGCUGGAGGCACUGAAUCGCUCGGACGUGGGGAGGAGGAGGGAGGAGGAGAUGAAUGCUGAGACAAAGGAGGAAAACAGAGAAGUGAGAAUGAUGAAGGGAGCAGACAGACACAGAGAUGGGCGACAGGAGAUAGAAAUGCUGAUGGCUGCUCAGGGGAAGGAGAGGGAGCAAGAGGAGAAAGAGGAGAGGAGGAAAGCUCAGGAGGAGGAGGAGAAGAUGACAGAGAAGGUGACCAGUAGGACUACAAGCCAGAUGGUGCAGGUCCAAGCAGAACCACAACCCCAAAGUCCAGAGGGAGGUGGAGAGAACGGGACACAAGGAUCGAAAGGCAGCAAUGAAGAGGAGGAGGAGCAGCUCAGCCCUGAGGAACUGAAGAGCCUAGAAACUAUGAUGAAGGAGUUCCCUCGUCUGAACACGGCCACUAAAAGAGAGGGCGAGCUGAAUCAGAGAGAGAGCCGGGGAUGGAGCAGCUACAAUGAGGUCUUACCUGUCAAAGGAAGUGACAUCGCCAUGACCAAGAAGAAGCUGAAGUGGCAGGAGGAGACCCAGAAAGGGAUCACCUUCCCGGACUUCAGGGAGGGGAACUUCAUGGAUGACUUUGAGGACCAAGCAGAGAACAAUGCCAUCGAGUCGCAGCUUCCUUCAGAACCAGAGCAGACAGAGCCAGAGGAGGAGGAGGAAGUGCUGAGUCCCGAAGAAGAGGAGGCUCAGGCUAAAGCUGAGCAGGAGGAGAUGAGGAGGCAGGCAGCGGAGGCACAGCGAGCCAAGAUGGAGGAGGAGAAGCUGGCGGACAUCGCGUCUGAUAUGCUGCUGCGCUAUAUGGUGAAGCAAAACAACAGGAACAGGAAGUACAGCUCGUCUCUGUCCAAUGCCGCUGAGGACAAACGGUCUGACGAGGAGCAGGAGGCAGCGGAGGAGGAAGACCUGGACCCUGAGACCAUCGACAAGCUCAUCGAGAUCUCCAGCAAGCUCCACCUCCCCGCCGAUGACGUGGUUGACAUCAUCAGUGAUGUGGAGAAGAAGAAGAAGAAGGACGUCCCUCCAGAUGUCUCGUCUCGUUGGCAGCGCCCUCUAUCCCCUCUCUCUUCCGCCUUCUCUUCCACCAAAGGUUUGUCUUCACCACCGACUAAUCAAAACAGCUUCCCUGUCUCCAAGCAACCAUCUCCAGCUGUCAAUCUCCUCAAAUCCUGGUUCACGGAGAAGACGCAGUCAAAAUCACAGGAUCUAUGGAGCAAACCUCUGCGAACCAACCAGAAUCUUUGGUCUAAACCUCAGAAACCAAUCAAACAGGAAGUCUGGAAGCCUGUACGGACUGGUUACCCAUUUUACCCAUACAGAUACCCCUCCUAUUACCAGAGGAAGCCCUACCCAGAAUACUACCCCAUCUACUUCCCUCCUCCCCCCAGACCCAAACCCCGGUACUUCCUCCCUAAACCUGCCUACAGCCACUUAAACUCCAUGGAUGACACCUUCACCUUCCCGCCCAAGCACCGUUACCACAGCUGGGUCCAACCGCGGCUGAGGAACCCCCCUGCCAGCCUUCAACAGAAACCCUACUACCCCAGCUACCCCGUCCCUCUGUACCCUCGGACAUUUCGAGUCCCAAUGGUCCCUCCACAGCAGAAGCCGUUUUACUUCUCAGCUCCGGCCGCUGCAGCGACCAGAAACAGCAAUUUUUACGAGACAGGGAAGCAAAUGGGAAGCCGUGAUGACCUGGAGAAGUACAUCCAGCAGAUUCUUCUGAAGAGACCGCAGAUAUCGAACUGAAAAAACAAAAGAAGAAGAAGAAAAAUAGGAUAGAUGAGCAGGAAAGAGUGUUCUUUAUGAUCCUUAUUUCUGGUUUUCUUUAAAUCUGUCAGAAAUUCCCUUUAUUUUGAUUGGACAGAGGACUUUUAGGUAAAAUGGUACUCUGAAAGGAAAGUAAGAGUAAAGAUUUACAUCUCCUGUUCGUCUGUGCAGG